CGCGCUCCUCAAUGUGCGUGUGUCUGUCUCUCAGACCUUCACCAACACAAGACUCUCCUGCUGUCAUUUAAAACCAGCCUCCUUUAGGUUUGCCUGAUCAAACCCAAACCAUGGGAAUCGCCCUUUGUGUUUAACCAGACCUAAAGAGAGAAAUAUAAUCCGAAAAAAGUGGAUAAGAUGCUAAAUGACCAUUGAGACUCAUGAAGAAUAAGGAAUUAAGAAGAGGAGAUGAAUGGAGCAGCCUCCCACACAGCAAGACAGAGUGUGAGUGAAGGUCGAUCUUAUUGUUCUUCCCCCUGUGGCAAACAUUGUGACUAAUAACGAAGUGAGGCACGAUGAGUGGCCAUAUCUGGGCUGCACUGCUCUUUCUGUUCAUGUGCCCAGAGCUCGGGGGAAGCAGUGCUCCACUAAAAAGAUGGAAGAGUGAGGAAACCGCAAGGAAAGAAAGUUUGGUGGAGCAUCUAGACGUGGAGGAAAAGCAAAGUGAGAUGCCAUUUGCCAACACAGCAGGAACACCAACUUUAGCAAAGAAAAAUGAAGAUAAUUUGAGGAUUUUACCAAAAAGCAACAAAGACAAAACAGAGUCUUUAUCAGGACUGCAUCAAGCACAGAUUGAAGAAACUGCAAAAUCGGAAUUUGAAAUCAGAGUGACUCCAGUUUCGUUGUCUGGCACAAGUGUGAACACAGAUUCUACUCUACGUAAUGAAAGUAAUUAUUAUCCCAAAUCUAAAGAUAUCCCUGAAAUCACAAAGACUAAGGUAUCAACUCUAACCCAGGACUCCAAAAUAUCUAGAUCUCAUGAUCAUUUCGUUCCUGCUGAACUAACUCCUGCAGUAGAUGAAAAUAAACCUGACAGAUCCACUCUGAAUGGCUCAUCUGAUGCCAGCGUGAUACUUCUGAAGCCAGCGUCUGGGUUAAAUAGCAAUCAGGAAGUGCAAACUGUAAUGAUGGGCAACCAGGAGUCAGACAGCAGUGGUGAUUUCCAUGGGACCUUUACUGGUCCAAAUUUGGAGGAGAUGCCUUCACAAUCCCGCAGCCGAAGAAGCUGGAUCUGGAACCAGUUUUUUGUGAUAGAGGAAUAUAGUGGACCAGAACCAGUUCUGAUUGGACGGCUUCACUCAAGUGUGGACAGAGGUGAUGGACGAACCAAAUACAUAUUAAAAGGUGAGGGGGCCGGUUCGGUGUUCGUCAUUGACAGCAGAACGGGGAACAUCCACGUCACCAAACCCCUAGACCGUGAGGAAAAGGACCAGUACCGCCUUAUCGCCACGGCAACAGACCGGCAGACCGGCCGAGCCCUGGAGCCCUCAUCCCAGUUCAUCAUCCGUGUGCAAGACAUCAAUGACAACCCGCCUCUGUUCCUGGGCAGCCCGUACAGCGCCACCGUGCCUGAGAUGGCCAACAUUGGCACAUCGGUUAUUCAAGUGACAGCCACAGAUGCUGAUGACCCAACGUAUGGGAAUAGUGCCAAACUUGUGUAUUCAGUGAUUCAAGGCCAGCAGUACUUCACCGUGGACCCGCAGUCAGGUAUCGUGCGCACAGCAGUGCCUGACAUGGACAGGGAAGCUCAAGCGCAGUACCAGGUGGUGCUCCAGGCCAGAGACAUGGGUGGCCAUCAAGGGGGUCUGACAGGGACCACCACUCUCACUGUGCACCUCAGUGACGUCAAUGACAACCCGCCCCGCUUCACUCAAAGUAUGUGGUCGUUUUCUGUCUCUGAGCUGGCCGUCCCCGGGGUGGAGAUCGGUCGUCUGUCGGCAACAGAUGCAGACCUGGGUGAAAACGCUCGGAUGGAUUUUAUGAUUGUGGACGGAGAGGCAGGGGACACCUUCAACAUAACUGGAUUGAACCAGGAGGCUGUGAUUUUGUUAAACAAGGCCGUGGACUAUGAGAGGCGAAGCACUUACUCUCUCGCGGUGGAGGUACAAAACCCAAAUGUGGACUCGCGGUUCCUCAGACGAGGUCCGUUCAAGGACCGGGCAAUGGUGCGCAUCACGGUUCUGAAUGCAGACGAGCCGCCCAAGUUCUCCCGCUCGCGGUACCGGCUGGAUGUGUCGGAAAACUGUCCUCCGGCAUGUGUGGUGGGAAGAGUGGCCGCCGUGGACCCGGAUACAGGCCUCAGUAACAACAUUAAGUACUCAAUUGAUCCCGAGUCGGACCCCGAGGCACUGUUCCGUAUCGCCUCUGACAGUGGCCUCAUAACCACCAGCGUGGAAUUGGAUCGGGAACAGGAGCAAUGGCAUAACAUUACCAUCAUCGCCACACAGAGAGACAGCCCCAACCAAGUCACCAGGGUAGCGGUUGCCAUAGAGACGCUGGACCUCAAUGACAACGCCCCCGAGUUGGACCGACAAUACAACACGGCCGUGUGCGACUCCAGCGCAGCUGGACAGGUGGUGCAGGUGAUUCGAGCAACGGAUAAAGACCAAAGCAGCUCCAACUCUCCCAUCCACUUCAGCAUUCCCACAGAGUCCAGCAGCGCGCUCAACUUCUCCAUCAGAGAGCGGGGAGACCACACGGCGAGUCUGGUGCUCCUGUCGUCCCUGAAGGCUGUUCCUCGCUCCUCUUCUUUACCUACUCUAAAAAUACCCAUAAUGCUCCGUGACAGUGCGUCAGACCUCAGCAGCACAGGAACGAUUACCGUAACAGUGUGUCCGUGCCAAAAUGGAGGCAUGUGGGCGGAAGAACGAAAACAACAAACGGAUGAGAAUGAUAAGGCGUCUGUGCCGGACUGGGAGAGACAGACUGCAUGUUUGCCUUUACCGUCAAACUCCCCGCUGCUGGGCGUCAGCUCGGCCGCCAUGCUGGCCAUCCUGGCCUGCGCGUCCACUCUGCUGGUGGUGGCGGCGCUCUCGCUAUCAUUGCGAAGGCAGAAACGGGACACUCAGUCUCCUGUGGAGGACGAUGAGAUCAGGGAGAACAUCAUCACGUAUGAUGAUGAAGGAGGCGGCGAGGCAGACACGGCCGCUUUCGAUAUCGCUACCCUGAAGAGCGCCCCUCCGAGCAUGCGCAGGGCACAGCGGCUUCAGGACAGCAAGAAUAUGUAUUCUCAGGAUAACUUGGACAGCAUCAGAACCUUCAGUUGGAGUCAGAGUUUGGGUUUGGACCCACGCCGUCCUGCCUCUGCACCCCUCUAUGGACGGUACUGCUACAGCAUCCAGACCCUUCCAGCUUCAAGAAACAGACUCGGCCCAUUCAACUCCAGGCUUGAUCUCGCCAAACUGGCAUAUGUUCUUCCUGGCAGCCAAGGCCAGGCCGGUGGCCCUUUAGAAUCCGGUUCUGUAUUUAUUGACAAGAGCAGAGAUGGAUCAGAACAUAAAAGAGCAGAUGGAUCCACCGACAGCAUUCCAAAAGAGAGCGAGACAGGAAGUGAGGUCAUCUCUGAAAGCCACACACUAAGCCAGGAUCAGUCUGUGAAUUCGGACCAGGUUCUGUUCGUGAAGGGCUCCAGCCAGAGCGGUUCCUGUUCAGAGUCCUCCAGCACUUCUGUGAGCCAUAAACCCGAGGCAUCUCCUCACUGCUUGACCACACGAGCCUCUAUUUCCACCAUCACCACAGACGACUCAAACCCUGGCUCGGCUUUGGACAAGAACGGGGACGCUCCACUCAUCAGCACCAGCCAGAGCUCAACCAGCCUGGGCACGACGGAGAUGCCGUUCAGAACGAUGGAAGGUACUUUACUGAGAGGCGGCCGAGGGAUACCUUUGACCGGGACGACACUUCUUUACCCUGAGACUGCUGGACUAAUGGGCUUGUAUGGGGUGGGCGGACAGAACUAUGUACCACACCUAGUGAUGCCCCUCCCUGGAGGGGCGGGACUUCAUGAAAGAGGUUGGGGCUUGGGGAAUGGAAAGGUUGGCCAAGCAAACGCUGAAAAGGCAGGCGCAGAUUCACUGACAAACCGUAUGGGUGAUUUCCUGCAGCACCGUCUAGCCCUGGUGACCUUUGACCCCAUGCAGCCACCAUACGACUCGCUGCAGACGUACGGAUUGGAGGGUGGCGGCUCACAGGCCACGUCUCUCAGCUCGCUCGAAAGUGAGGCCGAAAAAGAUACAGGGGGACAGAAACACAGAUUUGAGGAGUGGGGACCCAAGUUUGACAGGUUGCUUGAUAUUUUCAGGGAGCGAGCGAAAGAAAAAGAGGAUAAUGAAAAACACCAGGGUGAGUGUUUAAAAGAAGAACAUCUGGUAGAGGAAAUGAACAAGACCGAAGACGAGAGUGAGACAGAAAUGAGAAAAGAGGAUUUGAACAAGACACUGCAGGCCAAGAAGGAAAAUACAGAAGAACUGGAAGCAAUGCACUAAAAAGGAAAUGGGAGCAAUGAGGGAGGAUGUGAUGUCACAUCGUGAGCUUUCAAAAGCAAUAAGUGCUGAAAGGAGCCAAUGAGCACAAUCUGGAAAAAGAGAAUUUUAUAUGGACCUGCCAAAAACCAACAUGUCAGUGUUUGAGAGGAGCAGAGAGUCUUAUGUAAGUCACUCGUGUUCAGUUGACAUCCAGCCACACACAGUGCUUACGCUGUAAAAUACAAACAUCAUCUUUAUCUAAAUCUUUGAAUUCUUAGAUUUUCAAUGUUGUCUCAGACUUUUAUACCCAGGAUUAACAUGGUGAUCAGAGCAACAGUUUUUAUUGUCUCACAAUGUGAAAAAGAUGACAGACAUGGCUUUUUUACAAUCUGCUUGAUGGAUUUAAUCAACAGUACUAUCUGAUUAUUUAUCAAAUAUCAG